AUGGAGGGUACUCUACGGGUGCCGUUCAUCAUCAGAUGGCCUGGUAAUGUGCCAGAGCAUACAACAUUCAAUGAGAUGGUGCACGUAACCCAUAUCUUCACCACUAUCCUGUCUAUGGCGGGUGCUGAGAAGCCCAGUGAUAGACCUAUUGACGGUAUCGAUCAGUUGAAUUUCUUCCAGAAUCCUGUCACUGAGAAGAGUAAGCGAGAAGGCUUCCUUUUCUACAUCAAAGACGAGCUACGGGCUGUGAAGUGGAGGAAUUGGAAGCUGCAUCUAGUAUGGGAGCCAAAGGUCAACCAGUCAUCUGGAAAGUUAGAGUCGCCGUAUCUGUUCAACACAACGCGCGAUCCGAAGGAAGAAUCCAAUAUACUGGCAUAUAAUACCUGGGUCUUGCAGCCCAUGAUGAAGCUUAGAGCUGAAUUCCAGAAGAGCUUGAAAUAUGAUCCUGCGCCGCCAGACCCAAUGAAAGACAUUUAG